CUCAAACACCACUUCAGGAUCCAGGUUAAUACCCCUGAAGCUAAACGUCAAGAUGAGCAGCAUUACUCAGCUCUUUGGUGAUUUGUGUGAUGCCCACAUGGCUGGAUUCCCAUGGACUACUGGACUAGGUGGCAGAAAGAGAAGCAAGAAACAGACCAAACAAUGCCUCAAGAGACUGGCAUAUGAUACACUGUUUAUCCACUUGUUUCAAGAGGAAGCUCGGAGGUUGCAGCAGCAAAGUGCCAAAAAGCUUCCAGUGAAAAAUAAAAUGCUGAUGUUGUCCUUUAAUAUGCGUGUUAGUGACAUGAAAUCUGAAGCAGACCGUCUAGAGGAGCUGCUGGAAAAUAUAGAAAGGUUUAGUGGGGAACAGUUCACAAAUCUGUGUUCUGUUCUCGAGCUCUUGGUAGAUCUUUCAGGCACCGGACCACCACAACUCCUUCCACCAAAAAGAGACAUCUUUAAAAACAACAAAUAUGUUGGCAGGAAGCCACCGUACCAGGGAUAUGACUAUUAUGAUGUUGGUGUAUUUGAAGCUGACAUCGGGUGUUUUCUGGCCUACCAAGAAUUUGACAUGAGUAGCACUGUCCACAGUACACUACAGCUCAUGGAAGCUGCACCAGGCACUGGUCUUCCAGCCACAGGCCUCUUCUCUCACAAUUUCUCCACAAGUGAUAAGUUUGAGAAAGAGACUCGUGUAUCACUCUUUGGUGCCCUUGUCCACACCCGAACCAAUGAUAUGGAUAUUAAAUUGGAUCUGCCACCUGUGCCAGAUAGUGCUGACCUGUCUGGGCUUGCCAUAAAGGUUCCACAAAGUAUUGACCAGUCAGAAGAUGAGGGUUUCCAGUCUGCAUCAAACAUGACUCCUGAUUCUCAGUCAGAGCCCAGUGUAACUCCUGACAUUGAUUUGUGGGAGGCCGUCCUCACAUAUAACCCCAGUAAACGUCGUUGUUGGGAAAGGAUAGGCUUUCCUCCAGGUAAGAGAGAAGAUCCCUAUCUUACUGAGGCAGGCCGAGAAGCAUUUGAUAAAAUGUAUAAAAUUUUCGAGGCCGGCUUGCAGAUGCUUAGUAACACAGCUAUACAGUCAGCACCUCAUGUGAUGCUUAAAGAGCCUGAGCUGGUGAAGGAUGUUCUCAAUGUUCUUAUUGGUGUCGUGUCUUCUACAUUCUCCUUCAACCAGUCCACUCAAGCCUUUGUAGUCAAGCAGGGUGUCUAUGUAUCCGGAACGUCUCCUGAAAACAUAGGCAAUCUCCUGGCACAAGUGGCUGACCAUGGUACUUACUACACCAGGCUGAGUCAUUUCUCAUUGCAGUCUGCUCUGGACUCCUCACAAAGCAAAGGCCUUGUAUUUCAGGCAUUUAAAAGUGGCCUUAGGAAAUACUUGCAGUACUAUCGUGCAUGUGUUCUGUCAACUCCAAAUACACUAUCCCUCCUCACUAUCAGCUUCCUCUUCAGAAAACUAGGCCGUCAGUUAAGAUAUUUAGCAGAACUUUGCUGCAUCGGAACAGUGGGAAUGGGUGGUAACAGGGGGAACAACUUUUCAUUUCCUACAGGAGUGAAGUUGCUAUCGUACUUGUACAAAGAAUCUCUUGAAAACAGCAGUAAUGAAAACUAUCCGAUCUUGUUAUCCCUGCUGAAGUCCAGUUGUGAGCCAUACACUAGGUUCAUCUAUGACUGGGUCUACAGUGGUGUAUUAAGGGAUGUAUGUAAAGAAUUCAUGAUCCAGGUCAAUGAAGAUUUCCAAGGAUUUAGAGAUCAGCGUUACUGGACCCAUGGAUAUAUUUUAAUCUCCAAAGAAGUAGAAGAUUGCGUGCCGCUCUUUUUGAAGCACCUGGCUAAUGAAAUAUACAUGUGUGGGAAAACCAUCAACUUAUUGAAAUUAUGCUGCCCCAGGCAUUAUAUUUGCUGGUCUGACAUCCCCGUACCUCGAAUAUCUGUUACCUUUUCCUUGGAGGAAUUAAAGGAAAUGAAAAAAGACUGUGCAAUCUAUGUGGCCCGAAUGGAGAGAAUUGCUCGAAACUGCAGCAUCAGCAAAGAGGAAAAGGAACUGCAAGCAGAGAUUGCAAAGCAGGACCUCAUCAUUCAGGCCCGAGAAACAACAGAGAAACUUAUGGAAAGAUUUAAAGAUAUGGAAAUGGCUGUAAAAAUGUCUCUAGACACAAAAAAGAGAGACCUGUUUUUGAAGCUGAAAGAACAGUAUGAGAAAGAUCAAGAGCGACGGCUGGCUGCCGAGCAAGAGGAUGCUGAUGAUGAUUUUAGUUAUGCCCGGGAGUUGCGUGAUCGCGAGCAGAGGCUAAAAGCAUUAGAGCAGGAACUGGAGACCAAAGCUAGACAGGAACUUAUAGAUCAUUAUAGCAGACUCUCUGAGGAAGCCACUCGGAAAGAGCAGAGAGCGCUGUGGAAGCUCCAGCGUCAUAAACUGGAAACUGCUCGCCGGAAGUUCUUCUAUGAUGAUGAAAAGCACCUACAGGCGUUGUUGGAGCAUAAUCCUGUGGCCCAGUCUACUGAAAAAAUAAAUACUUCACCACCUCCAGAGGUACAGUGUGGUGAUGUUUCCCCGACAUCCGUACCAGUAACCAACCAGUUAUGUGAGGAAGAGGAGGAAAUUUCAGCUGCGGCCGCGCAGCCCGACCUGGGGGAUUCCUCCCAGGCGGAGUCUGCUAGUGACGAAGAGUCUGGGACUGCCCUUAUGGUACAGGAACGCGAAUUGGUCACGGCCUUGGUUCGCGCUGUGCGGGAAACGCUUAAAAUUGAGGAGACUCCGAGCUCUUCUGCGCUCCCGCCGGUUCCUUUUGGGACGCACAGGAGUAGGCGUUCCACUAAGGAGUCCUUCCUGUCCAAGUGGUCUACUCCCCCCGCGGUGGAUCCGCCGGUUUCCCGCCUGAACAAGGCUACGGUCAUCCCGGUGGAGGAUUCGCCUUCCUUUCGGGAUCCCUCGGAUAGGAAGGCGGAGGCGGUGGCGCGUACUAUGUACUCGGUUUCCGGGGCUCUGUUGCGCCCCGUGUUGGCUUCGGCCCUGGUCUCCCAGACCUUGACUGAGUGGAUGAAGAUGCUGCGUCAGGGUCUUGCAGAAGAAAACGUGUCUCCUGCUUAUGUCGACCUUACGGAACAGGCUUCCAAGAAGGCUCUGACGGAGCUCCCCUUUACGGGGGAGCGUCUGUUCGGGGCUACCUUGGAUGAGAUAAUUAAGGAUUUGACGGGCGGUAAGAGUACCUUCCUACCUCAAUCUAAAAAGCCUAGGGAACAGCGGCGGAAGCCGGGUCCUUCCUUUUCCGCUCACAAGCGGCUUUUUCGUCCGCCUCCGCCCUCUGAGAAGGGCGGGAAGUUCAACAGACCGCUGCCUUCCCAGGCCGCCAAACGCCCCUGGCAGCCCAGGAACGCCAAGCCUCAGGCGCUUGGCAGGCCUUCAUGGCGCGGUGGCGGGUCUUUUGUCCCAAGGGGUGGUGGUUCCGGUUCCCUCCUCGGAGAGGUUCAGAGUGUUUUACUCAAACCUCUUUACGGUGCCGAAAAAGGAUGGCAUUCGUCCCAUCCUGGACCUCAAGCGGUUGAACGUCUUUGUGCGCGUUCGAUCCGCUCUGUGGUGGCGUGUCUUCACCAGGGGGAUUUCAUGGCCUCCCUAGACAUCAAAGAUGCCUACCUUCACGUUCCUGUUUGUACCUCCCACCAAGGCUACCUUCCCUUUGCGGUAGGGGACAACCAUUACCAGUUUGUCGCUCUGCCCUUCGGUCUGGCGUCGGCACCUCGGGUGUUCACCAAGGUGCUGGCCCCGAUCUUGGCCCUGUUGCGUGGUCGGGGGAUCUCGGUGGUGGGGUACCUGGACGACCUCCUGCUAAAGGCGGAGUCGCAUUCCUCUCUGGUGGCAGAUCUGGCGAUCGCCGUUCGGUCAUUGGGGGAGUUCGGCUGGCUCCUGAACUUCCAGAAGUCUUGCCUGGUACCGACCACUCGGUUGGAGUAUCUGGGGCUGAUUCUAGACUCCACCUCGGCGCGGGUUUUUCUACCCCCCGCGAAGCUUCUGAAGCUUCGCUCUUAUGCGACGCUACUGCGGACACGUCGAUGGUCAACGAUCCGGUCUUGCAUGCAGGUCCUGGGCCUCAUGGUGGCUUCCUUCGAAGCGGUGCCUUACGCUCAGCAUCACACGCGGGUUCUGCAGAGGUCCAUCUUGUCGCUGUGGGACAAGUCCCCCUUGUCGCUGGACUGUACGGUUCAGUUGCCUCGGGAGGCGAGGGCCUCCCUGGUCUGGUGGCUUCGGUCUCCGUCCCUGGUGUUGGGCAAGUCCUUCCUUCCCAUUCACUGGACGGUGGUCACCACGGAUGCCAGCCUGUUGGGCUGGGGGGGCGUCCUGGACAUCUGGACGGCUCAGGGCCGUUGGUCGUCGGAGGAAUCUCGGCUUUCGAUCAACGUGCUGGAACUUCGGGCGAUCCGUCUCUCCCUUCUUCACUGGACGGACCGUCUUCAGGGACGGCCGGUCCGGGUUCAGUCAGACAACGCCACGGCCGUGGCUUACGUCAACCAUCAGGGCGGCACACGAAGUGUGGCCGCGGCUCGGGAAGUGGAAAGAAUCCUAGCUUGGGCGGAGGUGCAUGUUCCGGCUCUCUCCGCCGUGUACAUUCCGGGCGUGGACAAUUGGCAGGCCGAUUAUCUCAGUCGCCAGUCAGUGGACCCGGGAGAAUGGAUGCUACAUCCGGAGGUGUUUCACCAGCUCUGCCUUCGCUGGGGGUUCCCGGACGUGGAUCUCCUGGCGUCUCGCCUCAAUCGGCGGGUGGCUCGGUUCGUGGCCAGGACCCGGGAUCCUUGGGCGGAUGCGGUGGACGCCCUGGUGGCGCCGUGGGAUUGCUACGGUCUGAUUUACGCGUUCCCUCCACUGUAUCUGUUGGCGCGUCUUUUUCGCAGGGUCGCGGUGGAAAACGUCCUGGUCAUCCUCGUGGCUCCGGAUUGGCCGAGGAGGGCGUGGUACGCAGAUGUGGUUCGAUCUUCUAUCUCAGGGUCCGGUGUUCCAUCCGUCUUUACCGUCGUUGGCUUUGACGGCGUGGCUGUUGAGAGCCAGGUGUUGAGGGAUCGUGGUCUCUCGGAUGCGGUUAUCUCUACGAUGUUGCGGGCUCGCAAGCCUGUGUCCCGACGGAUUUACUAUCGAACUUGGAAGGCUUAUUUUGCCUGGUGUGAGUCGGAAUCUCCCUUUGAGCCUCUGCGUGACACUCCAAUUCUGACUCUAUCUCAAAAAGUUGCCUUUCUGGUGGCAGUCACCUCGAUCCGCAGGGUCUCGGAAUUGGCGGCCCUCUCUUGCUCGUCCCCGUUGCUGGUCCUGCAUCGGGACAAGGUGGUUCUACGGCCUCGACCGUCCUUCCUGCCGAAGAUUUUACUUACUGAAGCAACGUCUUCAAACGUCAAUACCAAUGAGGAAGGAACAAGAGAUGACAACCUCAUUCUUGCAACAGAUCUCUCACCAUCUGAAGAAAAUAAACAGUCUACUUUAAGUAUAGCUGAGAAAGAAGACACGGAUUCUUGUCUUCCAAGCCUGUGUACUUUGGAUGUGGAGUUUGCAGAUUUCCUCCCCGUGACAGCCUCUGAGAAACAAGAUACUGAACAGACUAGUGAGCUCUCACAAGUGCAUGAUGCUUUAAAAGACAUAGGCUCAGAUCUUGCAAAGGCUAAAGAUACACAAAUUGUUACACUUGAAAGUGACUAUGACUUUAACACAGUGUUGAAACCAGUCCCAAUUGCACAGGUUCCUCAAGGACACAUACAAAUUGGAGAAUAUGUAUCCGAUGAACAGCCUAGUAGGCCACGCUGGAACAUUCAUGGUCAUGCAUCAGAUGCCAAUAUUAAAGUUGGAGAAUAUGUUCCUGAUGCAGCUUUGUCCCUUCCACAGCCUAAUCAACAUGGCCAUUCUUCUGAUUCUCACAUUAAUAUUGGGGACUUCAUGUCUGAUGUCCAGCCUUCAAGACCUCACUGGAACAUCUAUGGCCAUGUGUCUGAAGGGCACAUAAACAUAGGAGAAUAUGCUUCUAAUGUAGAGUCUUCUAGGCCCAGACAGAAUAUUCAUGGGCAUUCCUCAGAGGCAAAUAUCAAGGUUGGGGAGAAUGUAUCAGAUGUGGAACCUUCAAGACCACGUUGGAAUGUGCAUGGACAUGCGUCUGAUGCCAAUAUCAAAAUUGGAGAAAAUGUUUCUGAAGUUGUUUCCUCACGACCUAGGUGGAACAUACAUGGACAUGCUUCACAGUCCCACAUAAAGAUUGGCGGGCUGAUCUCAGAGUCUUUAAAACCAUGCUGGAGUUCUUUUGGUCAUGCCUCACAAUCCAGCAUUAAAAUUGGAGAAUGGUCUCCCUCAGAUGAUACUGUGACACCUAAACCUAAAACAAAUUGUGCCCAUUCUUCUGACUCCACGGUCCAGAACGUAAUUUAUGGUGAAAGAAAAGACUUUGAAAGGCCUUCUGAAACUCCAGAAACAGAAGACAUCCCUUCAGAACAAACAUGUUCAUCAGACCCUGUAACUGUAUUAUCACCCUCCAGUUUGAAAGGGGAUGAAAGUGAAGGAGGCCUAAAAGCAGACAGCAGACCAGCAUCACCAGGUUUGCCUACAAAUAUAGAGCAUGAAGAACCUGCAUACAGCUGUGGAGAAUCUGACAACAACACACACAGUGCAGAUCAGCCUGUCCCUGAGGCCGAAGAAGACAACAAAGUCAUGGAUGAAACCUGGCAAAAAGAGCAAGAAUAUAUCCAGACGCUGGCACAAACAUAUGGCCUUGAGAAAUAUCAAGACAGCUACGCAAUCAUGUCAGAGCCUCCAGUUCUCCAAAUGCUUAGUCAUGUUAUCAGUGGAGAGUUCUCCUUCCCUGUGGACCCUGAUGUACACUCGGCCACCGAUGAGACUGCUGUUAUGCUUAUUGAGCUGCUCUCCCUACCAGUGCUGAUGAAGUAUUCUGUUACUGCACCCAUUGUAUCCCACGUUUCGCUUGUCAACAAAGCUGUGGUGGAUUAUUACUUUGUGGAGCUGAAUAUGGAAAAACAUUUUGUAGCAAUCAGACAUUUCCUUCUGAUGGAAGAUGGGGAAUUUGCCCAGUCACUUAGUGACCAGCUUUUUGAAAAGCUCGUCUCAGGACAGACACCCAGCGAGCUCUUCACCCCACUAGUCCUGAAUUCUAUACUGAACAAAGCUCUGCAGUACAGUCUACAUGGAGACUCUCGGCUCGCCUCCAAUCUUUCCUUUGCACUUCAGUAUAUCCCUGAAAUGUUCACCCCUGGCGGUCCAGAUAUUUUAAGCUGUCUGGAGAUGAGAUACAAGGUUUCUUGGCCUCUGAAUAUUGUCAUCACAGACACUUGUAUUAAUAAAUACAACAAAAUUUUCUCCUUUCUGCUACAACUGAAGCAUAUGGUUUGGACACUAAGGGAUGUUUGGUUUCACUUAAAACGUACAGCUUUAGUGAACCAAGCAUCUAAUUCAGUCCAGUAUCGACAGCUCCAGCUGUACCGGCAUGAAAUGCAGCAUUUUGUGAAAGUUAUCCAAGGGUAUAUCGCCAACCAAAUUCUGCAUGUUACAUGGGCUGAGUUUAGAAACAAACUUCAUACAGUCAGCAACCUGGAGGAAAUUUGCAAGGCACACACGGAAUACCUCAACAAGGCCCUUUUUAGGGGUCUUCUAACGGACAAGGCAGCUCCAUUGAUGAAAAUUAUACACAGCAUUUUCAGUCUCAUCCUAAAGUUCCGUAUGCAGCUUAUCUCUCAGCCAUGGGUGUGUGAUAAGGAAAAGCAGGUGGCUAGCCACCCCAACUACACACUAAUGCAGCAAUCUUACAAUACUUUCAAGUAUUACUCUGACUUUUUGUUUGAAGUGGUAACCAAGCUUGUAAAUCGAGGAUACCAACCACAUCUGGAAGAUUUCUUACUGCGUAUUAACUUCAACAAUUACUACAAAGAGAACUGAACAGACGGACACAAUUGUGUAUAU